UAUAUAUACAGUGCUUGGAAGCUUGUAUUGUUUGCCUUCUUACUUUUUUCUCUUUCUAUCAAACUGUAAAGCUGUCCCCUUUUCUGUAUGCAAGUUGAAGCUUUUAAGCUCAGGGAUUAAUGGGUGAUUAAGCUCUUCUGGAUUGGAGUAGUUGAUCUUUGUUUCUUGGAUCCAUUUCUUUGAGAUUUCUUCUGGAGUUCGAAUUGUGGGUUAUAUAGUUUUCGAGGCAGAAAAUGGUAACGAGGCCUGCCCAUCAUUAGGCACUAUAUACUUGAUCCGAGACCGGAGAUGGAUGAUGAAUUUGGUAAUGGUCGGAAAGACGAUGAGGGUAAAGAUGAGUCACUGCAGAACUUGGGAGAAAAAAGGGAUAUAUUGGGAGAGAAUGGAACUGAUUAUUCCGAAUUAAAAUCGAAAAAGCUGGCUAGAAGGGCAACUCCACAGCAUGCUCUAAUAGUAAAUGUUGGUAAACGAUUACAAGCUGGAAAAAGUCUUAUAAAGGAUUCGUUCCUUCCGAGUAUUUUUAGCUUAGGCAAUAUGGUUCCGAGGCAUGUGGUUACUCUAGAUGAGAAAUACCUUCGAUGUUGCCUGGAAUUGAUUCGUAUCAACGCGGCGAAAGCAGCUCAUUGUGACAUAUCUGUGAACUUGAGCUCAGUAAAAAUGGACAUUUUAUCCGGUGCAUUGAAUUCAGCUAAAAUAGGGGAUGAAGAUGCUUGUGAAUUUGGAAGUUUUGUUUUCGACAGUCCACCGGCAGUUGGGACCGCUGGAGUAGUCAUCCAUCCUGUGGAACAAUGGGUCGUAGGUUCAAAAAGGGAUAGUCGGAGUAUGGCAAAUAUAUUGAAGAGCCCAUUGUUACAGAAAUUUGGUCCAUUCAAUGUCGAUCAAAGUUCGAAUAAUGUUAAAAGAAGGAUAAGUCAUGACUUCAUGAGCUCUCCUGGUGGUUUCAGUAAAUUUUCCUCGCAUAAGCUAGGAAGUGAAACACCAGUGUCUGAAAAUCGUAAAUACAGAUCCAAGACUGUACAUAAAAGGCUCAGUUCCAAGUUGAGUACUAACUCAACAUAUUCUGAUCAGUCCGUUUCUUCUACUUCAACAAUUUCUCGGGGAAUGCUUCAAUGCACAUGGAAGGGUGGGAAACCGUAUUUCGUUUUCUCCUUGGAUAAUCAGAGGGAGGUAUAUGUAGCCAAUAUGUGGAAGGAAGGAUCAGCUCGGGGUAAUGGUCCGGACUGUAUGUACUCGUUCCAUUCAAGCAAGGGUAGUCACAAGGAACAUGGGAUUAGUGACAAUGAGUCGAACCUUGUCGGUAAGAUGAAGGUAUUGAGUUCGUUCUCGAUCUGUCCCCAAGGUUCUAAAAUCAAGGAGACGGAGUUUGUCUUGUUUAGUGGUAUUGGAACUUCGAAUCCGGAGAUUCAAACUUCGAGCCAUAACCACAAGAAGAAUAUUGGUCUACAGAAAAAGGUGGUGGAAGCAUUCAGGAGCAGUCAUUCGUCCAAUCCAAGAACGAGGUCAUCUGCUUCCAUAAUGGAGGAUUCUUCUUGGGAUCCAUGCCAAGAUACAGUCAACAAUUCCGAUUCACUCGAUAUGAAGAAUCACUCAGAGGAGGAACUUCCACCGAAUCUUGAAUUGGCUGCUAUUGUUGUGAGGAACCAUUUGCCUAAAAAUCCUCUGCCUGAUGUCGGGGGUUGGGGCUUAAAGUUUCUCCGGAAAACGGGUGUUAAGCAACAUGUUGAAACCGUGGGCGCCGCCGUUCCAUGUGCUUGUUCUCUGAAUACCGGUGAUUGCUCGACAAGUAUGGAUAUUCUAGUUCCUGCAGGUAUUCAUGGUGGUCCAAGAAUGAGAAAUGGUGGCCCCUCUAGUCUUAUCGACAGAUGGAGAUCCGGUGGACAUUGCGACUGUGCCGGCUGGGAUUUGGGCUGUCCGUUGACUGUACUUAAAUCCAGAUCAAAUAAAGAACCAAGUUUGCCUUCAACGGAUACAUUCGAUGCGUGCAGGCUAUUCUAUUUUUUCGUUCAGGGCUCGAAGAACGGUUCUCCGACGUUGAGGAUAGCCAAUGUUCAUGAUGGUCUGUAUUUCAUUCAUUUUCAAUCAUCACUCUCAGCCCUGCAGUCUUUCUCAAUUGCAGUGGCAUACAUCCAUGCGCAAAGUCCGGAUUUCCGACCGAAAAUCGUAAAGCCGUCGAGGUAGCAAGAUCGCGGUCCGAAGUGUAUGUUAGUUGUCACCUUCUCACCAUGCCAUGACAGUACGUAAGAUUUGCAGUCAUGAACGGUG